UGUGUGGGGUGGUCGGGCCAGCCGCAAAACUAACAUUUACCUAAACAUUUAAAUGAUCGUGUAAUGGAUGUUAAGUUAUUCUGUGCGAGUAAGCAUUUUAUUUGUCAACACCACUCAUUAAAGACCAUGUCAUCCAAUUUAGUCAUGAUCAUUUGCCGGACCAGACGCUUUUGUUUUAUGUUGAUCAGUAUAAGCUGAAGGUAAAUCCAUGGCUCCAAAAAGGGAAACUAACUGGAAGAUUUGGCAGAUCGUGAAGUCACAAGAGAGACAGUCUGGUGUGGAUGCACGAAAAAGAGUAUUAAGAGAGUAUUGUAUUAAUAGUAUUAAGGAAAACAAAUGAAAUCAACUUUAGACAUGAAGAACAGAUACAGACAAUCCUAUUGUUUUCAUGAUAUAGUAGUUAAAGAUGGCUGAUAAUGCUGAAAUUGGUUAUAUUAUAGGUGGUUCUGUAGGAGGAUUAAUUGUUUUCAUUGCUAUAGUAUCACUUAUUAUAUAUAUGCUAUGUGGUCCCCGAAAUAAAAGACGGAGGCAGGAAAAGAAGUUCCACCAUUUAACUCGACAUCCAGAGCAAGGUCACAGUCACAGUCAGGCUUCAACUAUGAGUCACAUAAGUGGUGACAGACUUCCUAAAGUUGGAAGUAAUGGGGUAUGGGUGGGAACACCAGGGGUGUAUGCAAACCCCCCUCCUUCAUCUGCCUAUUUUUAUGGCCGACCAUAUCCUCCAGGAGUUCACAGAGCAUCAUCUGAAGCCAGACUACCUCCAGCACCUUUUCCAGGUCAUGCUGUUUAUCAAAGUAAUAAUAAUAAUAUGAGUAAUUUACGUAUAUAUCACAGUCAACAAUUAUCACCAGUUUAUGAAUAUAUAGAUCCAACACAUGGUCCUAAUGUUGUAGAUAUAUACCAAUAUGGUGAUAUGCAUCACUCGAAAUCACGUCUAAUAGAGCAACAACCUUCGUCUAGCUGGAAAAAACAAAAAGAAAAGCGAGAUGGGAAGAAAGUGUCGCGCAGCAAAAGUGACGCAACACAAGAACAGAGACGUCAUGCUGGUAGAAAAAGAACGGACACUAAUAAAUCAGCAGAAACAAAAUCUAGUUCAAGGUCAAGUCGAUCACGGGAGGCAAAAGCAGAAGUACACAAUCAAAAAAAGAGCAAUAAGUCGAAAUCUGUUGAAGCAAUUCAUACUGGCUAUGAUAACAAAGCAUUUCAGACCGAUUCUGGUUUAGCUACUGAUAGUAUGAAACUUCAGGCAUCCAAGGUGAAACCCGUUAAAAAUAUCACAGAUGAUGAAAAACAGGUCUUCACACCUUCUGAUCACGAAGGUAAAGAAGAUGAUCCAAAUGUCCGCCAUUAUGUUUAUGAAGGGGAUGUUUAUGCUGUCCCUGAGAAAAACUUAAAUGUGGAAGAAAGUGAUAAUCCCAUUCUAGCCAAAAUGGACAGUAUGGUUCGCGAUAAAAAGACAGAUAGACCAGCGCAAUAUUUAAUUGAAGAUGAGGUUGAUAAUGCUACGGCUGCAAGCCAACCUCGAGCAUACACGAGUGCUAAAUCUGUGUCGGAACCUGUGUACGCAGAUAUUGAUAACGUGACGUCUAACGACAAUGUUAUAGUGACAGAAGUUAUACAAUCUGAUGAAGUAGUAAGAAACACAGAAAAACUAGAGAAACCUUCUAAUACCUUACUACAACCUAUACCCUCAACAUCGCAUAAUUUAUUAUCAGCAUCACCUAGUCUACUCUCUGACCGCUCAGAAAUAUCUGAAGAUUUAGAUGUUAAAGGUAAAAAUGUAACUACAGCAGCUUUUCAGUUUUUGGAGAAUUAUUUAUCUGAUGAGGAAGAUCAACAAACCGAAGAUCACAGUCGACCGACCUCACCUAUGACAAGUACUUUACAUACAGAUCAAGGCAUGUACUAAGACAGUUAUCUUUUAUCAAGAAUCAUGUCUUCACAUUUCAACACCUGUGAAAUUCUACCAAAAGAUGAUAAAAAAGGCAAAGAAUAUUUGUCAUAAGAAGCCAAAGUCUUCCGUAAUUUAAGCAAUUUUAAUAAUGUUCAAAUGAUUAUAUUUCAUUCGCAUAAAUAUGUUAACAUGAUAUAUUUCAAUCACGCAAAAAAUUUGAAAUGUGGAUAUGAUUGUAUUUCAAUCGCAUCACAUGUGAAUAUAAUAAUUUAUAAAUUAAACGGUAGUCUAUACACUGGUCUCUAUUAUGGCCCUAUGGCUACAGUGUUAAUUAUAAAAAUGAGUUAAUUAUCAGAACUUUUUAAUUGUCACCAACAUUUUAAAGAAAGCAAGGGACUAUAUUGGUUCACUCGUUUGUCACUAUUUUUGGGACACAAUAUUUCUGCUUAUAAUUGAUGUAGAAACUUUAGGUGAAUGUCUUCACUGCGUUCGAUGACCAGAAUUUACUGCUUAAGUUUAGCAGGGAUAAGCACUUUGAUUUGUCGGUACAUAAUUAAGUGAGAGGGAUGAAAAAGGGUUUUAUUUAAACCUUGAUUAAGUUCAAUAACGAGCAUUUCGUCAAGAAUGAUUAAAAUAAAUUGUUUUAUUGUAUUAAAUUAUCAAUAGUCUUUGUUAAUAAGACUUUCCUGCCUAUGUUAUAUUGGUAUGCUUUCUUGAUAAAUGUAUUAAGACUGUAUAUUGUUCCCUGGUGCAAUCUUAUAUGUCAAGUGAUCAAGAUUUAUGCGCAAAAUGUUGUUUUUUUGUAAAUUCAGUUAUUGCUUACGUAUUGUUUGUCAUAUAUACUGCCGUGCAAAGGAAGAAGGCAGUAUCUACACUAUGAUUAUGUUGCAGAUACUGCCUUUCUCCUUUGUAGGGCAGUAUAAAUACACAUGAAUGUAUAUAUAUAUAGACUCUAUGUCAUAAUAGAUAAAUAUAUUUAUGUUUAUGUGUUAGAUUUAUAUCAAUGAUUAUUGUACAUACAUGAGUAUGUAAUAUUUAUAUUAUAGUCUACCUCAUAUAUCUACAUAUAGUAAGUUACAAUACUUUUGUACCCACUGUAGCCUACUUUAUAAAAACAAUAUAUCUAAGGUAGUCCACACUUUAUUACUAGUGUGACGUUUCUACAUAAAUCCCAUUUAAUUAUUCCAAACAUAUAUAUAUCAUAUAACCUAAGAUAUUUCAAAGAACAAUAAAAGAAUUGCAGCAUGGGAGACAACAUGUUAGUCAGAAUUCAAAAUCAUUCAUUAAAGUCCCACUUCCUCUUUGUUAACUUCAGCAACACCAAAAGUUAUAAAUGGUCAAAAUUCAUUUCAAAUGUUAGUUUCCUAACCUGCUGAGAAAACAUUAACUGGUGAAGGGAUCAUGUACUCUGGGAGUAUGUCAUCACUGACUAUAACCCCAUUUACAUUACAAAUUUUAAGCGUACCAGGUGCGGCACUCUUCGUUUUUUGUAGUGUAAACGUGCCGCGCCUGGUACGGUGCCAAUCUGGCCCACUGAAAUGAGGUGGUCUCGGAACGGUACCAGGACCGGAUCUCUUUAAAUUUUCGUAGUGUAGACGCUAACCGGUCUGAGCACGGAUUACUGCGCAAGCGCCAAAUGAACCUUGACUUUUCCCCCCACAAACUUUGACAGCUCUGUCAUCAGUUCUGUCAAAAUGACUGCUCAAACUAAAUCAACCAUCAUAAUUGUUUUCAUCUGGGUAAUUUGUAUAGGGACUGAAAUUAACUUUUCUGUGAAGAGUUCCACAUUUAGCGUGCUUGGCACGGUUCUGAGAUCGGUUAUUUUAGAGUAAUGUAAACGGGUCAAUUUCUUGAAAUUUAUCGCGGCUGGUACCGUGCCCAGAACGUCACGCUUAUCGCGGCCAAGUGUAAACGGGGCUAUGGAUACAGUAUUCAUUGUAUUGUUAAAAUUACAAGAGAUCCAGUGGUUUUUAAACUGGAUGUGGGUCUUUAAAUGUGGUGAUUCAAAUGGGCUGUGAGACAUAUAUGUAAUAGACCUAGUUUUCAUUGGAUUGAAAUACUCAAGAGUCAGAGAUGUAGUAUUCUUGUUUUAGUUUCAGUAUUUCCACCUCUACCUCUAGAUGGUGUAAUAAAUAAUUUGCUUAUUUAGUAAUUUAUUUUAUGGAAUAGCUUAUCCUCAUACCAGACUUAGUCAAGAUGUUCUAUAAAUUAUAUAAAUAAUUUAUGGAAUAGCUUAUCCUCAUACCAGAUUUAGUCAAGAUGUUCUAUAAAUUAUAUAAAUAAUUUAUGGAAUAGCUUAUCCUCAUACCCGAUUUUGUCAAGAUGUUCUAUAAAUUAUAUGGAAUAGCUUAUCCUCAUACCAGAUUUAGUCAAGAUAUUCUAUAAAUUAUAUAAAUAUUUUUACUCUAUGUAUUCUGUUCUUUCAGUUUAGAUAAUCAACUAAUUAACAUUUUUUAUUCUACUGAAUUUGUGUUGUUUACGUAAGUGGAGGAUUCCGCUAGCAUUUGUAGAUCCUCUAAGAAACAGAUUGACGCAGAUGCAUUGCAACUGCCAUAAAACUACAGUAUCUAGUAGUCUUUAUCUGUUCAGUUGCUCUUUUUUUUUUAUUUCUUUAGACUAUAUUAAUUAACCCACUGUAGAAUCAAAUUAUUCAAAUUUACUUGAGUUUUAUAUCGAUAUUGAAACCACUUUUAUUGUUCAUAUUGAGAUUUUUUAUUGACAUAUAAAUUUUGUUUUGAAAUAUGUGUUGUUUGAUUUGAAGAAUAUAAAAUCGAGUUAAUAAAUAUAGACAUGGAGACAGCUUGUCUACAAGGGCUGCUCAGUCUUGAAACAGUUUUGUAUCAGAUAGUCUAUCCAAUUGUACUUCAUUUUUUUGUACUGAUAUUAGAUAUUAUUGAAUAUUUAAAUAUUGAUACAAUUUGUUAGUAAUAUCCCAAUUUAUUUAAAAUUAGAUAACAAUUUUGUUUAUUAUUUUAUUAGUAACAUUUAUAUCAAGACAUUGUUUGUAUGCCAAAUGGUUAUAACUCCAAAUCACCCCCAACAUUCAUCACAAUAUGUAGCCCAGUAUACCAAUACAGACAAUAUGAUUAGUCAAAAUAGUUGUGAUCUGAACACUGACUUCAAAUAUGUCAAUUGUUAAUGUUGUAACCCAUAAAAGGAAAGGGCAUCUACAUCUGAUUUUAAUCAGCUUUAUAAUUUUCAUACCUAUAUUUGAGAAGCAUUCCAUAUUUAUUCCAUUAACCAAAUGAUUAUCAUUUAUUAAUCUCUUCCAUUGUUGUUGUAUAAGUUAAAGAUAUUUUUGUAUAUAAUAUAAUAUAUAUUUUGUAUGUGAGCAUUGAUAAUCAAAGAUGUUAUAUGGAACUUACCACUAAGUGAUUUAUAUUAUCAUAUAUAAAUAUAUUAUUAGUUGAAGAAAUAAAAAUAAAAAAAUAUGUAAGCUAUAA